AUCGAACCAGUCAGGGUGAAGAUUUAAAUAUGAACGCUAAUCUUAUUUUAUUUAAGAUUUAAAAUUUUAAAAUUUCCACAAAUAACUACCAUAAUACAUAUUUCAGCCAAAUAAGAAUCAACUAAGGAGGAACUUUGAUUUAUUGCUUACAGAUCUGCUGACAACCCUGUAUUUGACGUUUAUGACAACAAAACCCUCCAGGUGUUCAAAAGCAGUAGAUUUUACUCAAACAAAAACACUGAUAAACAUGAUAAUAAAAACAGUUUUAAAAUUUGCAUAUGGCUGGCCAUUAAAGGUAAAAGUAACAAUGAUUAUUAGUUCAAGCUGAUGGAUAAAUGGAUAUUAAAACAAACUGACGCUUAUCACAAUUGAUAUAAACCUUUACUUAUUAAAUGUGAGAGGACUGGAUUGAUAAGAAACUGCAAAGUAUAGGAAUAAUUUACAUGGAACUCAAAUAAUUUGCAUGGAACAGUAUUAAUUUACACAGAGUAGGAAUAAUUUGCCAAGAACUGGAAUAUUUUCUAAAAUCUGGUAUAAAAUUUCCCAAAACUCAAAAAGGGAUGUUAUACUGUUACGUUACAUUGUUACAGCAACUAUUGGAUUGAAUAUAACAAAGUUAUGCUGGCAGUUAUGUAUAAAAACAAACUAACCUAAUCUUUAUUAACAUAAAUCAAUAGUAUAAAACAUAUUUGAGAGAGGUAGUAAUCAAGAAAAUGCUAGUACUUAGUUGAUUGCAGAAAAUAGGAAAAAUUUGCCAGGAAAUAUUGAAUAAGAACUGAAAAAAUAUCAAGAACUGGAAUAACUCAGAACUCAGAAUAAAUUGUGAAAAUCACGAGAAUUAAAAAUGAAUGGCAUUCAACGGAAAGUCUCUAGCUGCUUUCCCCCUCUACUUGUACGCAUAUUCUUACUCUCAACCACAUGUGGAGUACUUUUGCUUACGUAUCAAUACAGGAUGCAAAACAGUUUGAGUGAAAAUGUCAGCAAAGAUGGACAACAUAUAGACCCCAAGCCUUUAAUGAGCGCCAGAAUUACAGAAAAACCCGACAUAGAUGACAAUAAUGAAGUAAGCGACACUAGUUCUUACAACAGUUUUAAAUCUAAAAUGAAUGAACAUUCUACAAACAAAGAAUAUUCAAGUACACAAAGUCCUCCUGAUGAAAGAGUGCAGAAACUACCAGGUGUUAUCAACAUUGGGAUCCAGAAGUGUGGCACAGGUGCAUUGAACACAUAUCUGAGGAUCCAUCCACAGCUAAGAGUUAGGGAAGGCGAGGUUCACUUCUUUGAUAAGAAAAUAAAUCACUCAGCACCAUUUAAACAAGAAAUACAGAGGUAUCUUAAAAUGUUGCCAGUUGCAUUCCCAAAUGAAACAGUCUUCGAGAAAACCCCUGCAUAUUUUGACUUGGCUGAUCCGUAUGAUCUCUUCAGAAUGAACUCUGCACUGAAGGUGAUUCUACUGGUUUGUGACCCUGUUAGGAGAGUGAUGUCUGCCUAUUUGCACAAUUUGGCCAUCAGGUUGUAUUCACAACAUAAGACAUAUGAACAGUACGUAUUUGAUAAAGACGGUGCAGUUGACAAAACAGCUGAAGUUGUACGUAGAAGUAUAUAUGAUGAAUCGCUGAAAAGAUACUUGAAAUAUUUUCCUCGGAACCAACUUUUAAUCAUGGAGAACACAUUCCUACUAAAACAGCCAACAUUGGCAAUGCAAGAAAUAGAGAAGUUUAUUGGUUUGAAGAAGUUUUAUACAAAUGAGACAUUUUAUUUCAAUGAGGAAAUAGGUUACCAUUGCAUUAAUCCUUCCAUUUACCCGGUUCAUAAUGGGUGCCAGGGGAAGAGUAAAUACAAAAUCCAUCCAAAUGUCAGUGAAGAAAAUGUAUUAAAACUUAAGAAGUUCUUUCAACCUAUCAAUGACAAUUUUAUGAAAAUUGCAGGUAUAAAAAUGGCUUCAUUAACAUAUUUUUGAUACAAAUUAUUUAAAAUAGUUAUUCCAAUAAGUAUGAAUACUCGAAGGCAAUAAUGGAGGGUUUUGUAUAUGAUAUCCAGUAAUGAAUGUAAAUAAGUCCACACCUGAGGGGUUCACUAUUUAUAAAACCAGCAUAUCCUGGACAAAGGAAGGGGAACAUUUAUUGACAGUCCGAGAAAUAUCUAACUUUGGGUACGGCUGUGGUAUGGCUCUUGGGUGUGGAAGUAGUCAAAUCUUAUAUGAAAAGAAUAUUAUUUUAUAGUUAACACUUUUGGGCCACUUUUUGGUAUGACAAUGACCUUAUUGUCAUAGUGAACUUUGGUUUCAAAUUUAGUUUUUGACACAUAUAUAAUAUGUAGCUUUGUUAUGGGGUCUUAUCCUAUGCCAAGUAGAGUUUUGGGUUCAUCCCACGUGAGAUAUGCACAUCAACCUUCGGUCCCUACGGUCCCUCAGGUAGAUAUGCAUGUCUCCCUCUGGAUACAUAUCCAAAACCUCCCAGUACAUAACCCUUAUAUAUCUAGGAAAGUAUGGUAAUAUAAUAAUAAUAUUUAAUGGUCAAGCCUAGUAUUCACCUCAGAAGUUUAAAAAUUGAAAGUAAUUAAAACUUUUGUGAAAUAUAUUGUAUCAGUUAUACUAUCAGUUUGACAAUAGUGUUCUUAACUUUGUCAAACCUAAUAAUUUGAAUUAUUGCUUGUAUUAUAUGAAAUAAAUGAUUAUUAAAAAAACAAUUGAAAGUAUCAUGAAUUUUUCAAGGAAGCUUUAAGGGAGUUAAUAAAAUAUCAGCUAGCCCAAUUAAUUUGACAUGUUUGAUUACAUUAAUCUACACUGAAUCUACUGUGUGACUGUUUUAUUAUGGAUAAACACCAGUUUGACCAUUAAUUUGCCAUUUUUCGAGCUAAAAUAGUAGAUGUUUACUUCGGGGUUUUUAAAUUUCUGCGCCUGACGAAAAGUGGUCUUCAACGCUAUACCACUUGAUCAAUCAGAGAUAAUAUUAGCCAUAAAGGUAAACAAAUGAAAAAAUUGUACAUCUUUUUCUUCUAUAUUCAACCAUUUCUCAAUGCUCUCUUAAAAGCUGAGACCUAUAAAUACCCAGCCAAUUUCACCGACCCAUUGCCUAAAUCUAGUAAUUUGAAAAAAUUCCAUAGCAAGAAGAUAUUCAGGAAAGACUGACUUUUGGCAUCAUUGAUAUUGCAACUGUUUUAUUACUUCAAUAAAUAAUUGUAAAUAAAAUACAGGGUGAUCACUAAGUUCUGGGAAUUUAUCUGUCAUUUCAUUAUUUUUCAACCAAUUUACUUGAAAUUUUCAGGGUAAAUGAGGAAUCUAAUUUUGGGUUGGAUAAAACAGUCUCAUAGUCAUCUGAUGUCACAAUGGAUAAUUAUUGUUACUAUAGCAACAUGACGAAUGGCGUAGCGGGUCAAGUAAAAUAAAAAUGAAUUCAAAUUUUGCUUGAUCCAAAACUAUGGUUAAUAAAUACCUAUUUGGUGGACAUAUUUCUGUGAUUUUUUUUAUAUUUUUCAAAUACUUCUAACUUUAGUUUCUAAAGUAACAUCUUUAUUGUUAUAUAAGAGUGUACUUUGCUCUAUUUUCGUACCAUUCAUCAGCAUCUCAAAGUCACAAUCAUGACUAAAAAUAGCGGGGAGUUAUCUUCCAUUAUGACUAUGCUCCUUCCCAUUACUCAAGCUGCCCAUACUACUCUCGAAGAAUUAGGGUUCACACAAGUUAUUACUGCCCCAUAUUCACCA